UAUGAUGCACUGCAUUUUUUUGUAGGUCAAGAGUAAAACACAGCGCGCAGUACAUGUUUGUGUUGGCUGAUGUUUGACUUGUGUGCCAGGGAUCUGCACCAUACCAUUGAGUAUUACAUACUCUAUGAACAAGGAGAUCAUGGCCCAGCUGUCAAAAGAUGUUAUCCCAGUGAUCUUUCUGACGUAUUCAUUGAACGCAUCAUCGAAUUUGCAUUUUGUUGUGAUGAUAGACGUUUAUCAGUUGAGGAAUUUGUGAUUGUAUUCACAGAUGCUAAAGGCAUACUGGAAUUCGUUUUUUGCUACCAACCCAACGAAAGAUUUUUGCUUUGCAUUUCAAGCAAAUUUCCUUGGUGUGAGUGUUUUCACUCUCUGCUAAGCAUUUUAUGGCAUCAUGGUCUGUAUCGUGAUGUUCAUUGGUCUAUUAUGGAGCCAUUCUUCUCUCACCUAAUUUCUGCUAUUCCACCUCGUUUACCGAUCGAUCGUAUUCAAUGUGCAAAUCCAUUCAACCCGUCUAUGGGUUUCGUGCUUCGAAUUCCAACACCUCAAUCUCCACAUUAUUUGAACUACGUUAUAGAAUAUUAUAAUGCAUUGGAUCUUUCAUUGUGGAUACAUAUAUUUGUAAGCUUACUUUUGGAGCGAAGUUUGCUAUUCUGUUCAAGACGGCUGACAAAACUAACAGCUUGUGUUUUAACUUCAGUUUCACUGCUGUAUCCGAUUCAAUGGGUUCAUUCAUUUUAUCCACUAAUUCCAGAUAAAGUACUCGGUGUUUUGGAAUGUCCAGUUCCAUUUGUGGCUGGUAUACAUUCUUGUAACUUAGAGAAAGCGAAAGAGCAUUUAUGCGCUGGAACACGUUUAGUGGAUUUGGACUUGGGUCAAAUUUAUGUACAUAAACCAACUACAAAUGAUUUACAUACUGAACAUAUGGAUAUGGAGUUGGGUACACCAAAAGCAAUAUUUAGUUUUUUACACCAUCAAUUAAAAGAAAAUCAACGACAAUUAAAUGUGACGAUGAAUUCAAAAAAAUUAAAAAACGGUGACUGGAAACAAGUUAAUGGUGAAAUACUUAGAUGUUUCGAGAGAUUAACUCAUCCAUUUUUUGAAUUGAUUGUUAAUCUCUUAGGUUGUUAUACAGAUUGCUUAAUUCGACGAGAUGCGAAUCCUGAAGUAGAUUUAAACGCUCUUAUCGCUUGCCAAUCUUGUCCUGGUUUAGAAUCAUUUCUAAAAUCUAUGUUUGAAUCACAAACAAUUCAGUUGUUUUUAGAUCAACGUUCCAGACGACCACCUGAUCAAAAAAUUGAUUUAUUCGAAGAUCGUGCCUCUCAAUUACGUGGUCAAGCUAAAAACACAUAUCACUACAAAGCCACCGUUUCAUUUGGUCCAAUAUUUACAAGUUCCUUAUCAAAUAUUGCAUCAAAUUCUACUAAAUAUGAUUUAAAACUUGGACAUAAAAAAUAUAAUUUUGGUAGUCCAGAGUGGUUACGAGCUAAAAAAUUGAAAAAUCCUGGUCGUAUUUGUCAAAAGGGAUUGCCAGAGUCAACGAAACGUGUUAAAUCUGAAAGUUCUUUUACCUGGAAUAUUUUAUCACGAAAGGCUGAACAAUCACUGAUUUCGUAUAAGAGUAAUAAGUUCGGUUCAAUGGAUAUAAAUCCGAAGCAUGCACCAAUAAUGGCACGUAUGCAAGAUAUAGAUCAUUCGCCCACUCGAAAUCGUCCAAAUUCUUGUUUUGCUAAUUCUACGCCUAGUUUUGCAUCAGGAACUCUUCUUAGUAAGAAACAACUUUUUACAGAUUAUCAAAAUAAUCGGUUGGAAAUACAAACUGGUGACAGCCGUUCUUCAGAUUCUUCAUUUAAAUCAUCCAGUAGUCCAGCAAAUCGAUUUAAUCCAUCUGAUAUGGAAUCCAAUAAAUCAUUAAAACGUGAACCGCCACCACGACCUCCUCCACCUCGUUUUAUUCAUAAUAAUGAUCUUAUACAAUUGAAAAGUAUACAUCAAAUGAAAUCACAAACUCUUGUUAAUGAAACAAGACAAUCCGUGUUAUCAUCUAAAAAUGAUUCCACAAAGUCAUUCACAAAGUUACAUCGAAUCAAAAGCGAAAAAGAUGCUGGUGUUAUCUCAUCAGUAUACGAUGAAACAUGUUCACUAACGCACGCUAGACGCAAAACAUGCCCAUCCACUGAUGGCUUUACUGCAUCUUCUCCUCCACCAUUACCUCCACGUCCAUAUCCCCCAUCUUUGGAUUUGCUUAGACGUUCAACUACAUCUCUUCUACAUUUAGACAUAUGUUCAAACAAAUCAAUGAAUGGUUAUUCGCAUAAUAGUAACAUGAACUUGGAUAGACCAAAAAAUGGGACAUCUUUAUGCCGACCAUUGAAAAUACCUAUAACUACCAAUCCAUCUGGUCAACGUAGUCGUCAUCAACUCACUGGUAAUAGUAAUGGAAUAAUUGUACCACGUCCUCCUGAUGCUAACGUUCCGCCACCAUUGCCACCUAGGAAAUUAUCACUGAAAGUUCAAUCACCAUUAUCAUCGAACUCCUAUUCUUUAAAAUCUAUUUCAUCUGAAUCCAAUCCUAACUUAUUGAUGACAAAAUAUAAAACAACAGACAGUAAACUAUCUCUAUGUGAACGCAGAGCUAAACGAUUUCAAAGUUUAAAUGAUAAAAACUUACAAAUAAAUCCAAUAAAAAUGACUCUUCCAUUAAAACUCACACAAAGCGAUAAGAGUAUACAAUCUGGACAAACAGACACAUACAAACAACAAACAUCCCAUCAGUCGAUAUCACAAAUUAUAGAUGGUCUACCACUUGAAUGUCAAAAAUCAAAUUGUUCCACACUAUCGCAAUCAAUUUCAGAUACUCACAGUCGAUCUGGAUCGUAUUAUUCUAUCGUAGAAACAAAAACGAAUCCAUUAAAUGUACCAAUGAAAAAUUCUAUUUCAGAAUUAUUAUCAGCUAACGAGUUGUCUUUAAAUGUUCAAAAUACUAAUAGUAAUAAUAGCAGUAGUGGUGAACAUAGACUACUUGUUCGAUUAAAAUAUGGGACAGUAAGUUGGAAAGAAAAAAUCAAGACAACUAGUUUACUAUAUGCAUAUUUAGCUGAGUUUUGUUAUUUCUAUACUAUCAAUCUUUCAGUCUACCGAUAACUCCUUAAAUGAUAUGAUGUUUAUAUAUAAGCUUGAGAAUUCUAAGUAUUUGGCAUAUUCGAAAUUUACAUGAACUGUCGACUAACAUUUCAGUGAUUGUAUUUGAUUAAUACUCGUAAUUACCAAAUAUAUUUAAGAAGUUUGAAUCUGUUCGUAUGAGAUGCUUCUUACUCUAGGUGUAGUUGCAUAUUCCACUAAAAUAUUCAAGCCAAACAGCCAUUGAUUUCGACAGUGAAAUGUUAUUUAUAUGUUAUGAUUCAAUACAAGGGGAAAUAACUGUUGGUAAAAAAAACUAGAUUAUUUUUAUCAUUGAUUCAUAAUACUGUGUUGUUGUAAAAUGAUAUAUCAUUGUGCUUAGUCUUAUAUCCGUAAAUGGAAAUUCAGUCAGUCAUCACCACAAUGGUUCAGUGGUAACCUCAGAUUGUGAAGCUGAAAGACUUGGGUUUGAAUUUCACUCGGAGCAUCUGUUCCCGCAAGAUUGCGGGUGCAUAUUGAUGUCGAAUACACGAAAAUUAUGUUCAGAGUUUACUGUGGGCUACCUCCAAUCGCCUAAUAUUGAGAAGUGUCUACUUCAUCACCAUUCUGAACUAUAUUCAUUGAACUCAAUUGUUUAUGAUUGAGCAUUACAAGCUAAGGUGUAAUUAAUUUAUCACAGUACACUACGUAGAGUAACCAACCUGGAUGCGCUAGCUAACAGUCACUUAUCAAGCUUUUUCAUGUCUAAUAUUUGAUAAAAGAAAAUCCAAGAUAAUUUGGCAUUAUAUUUAGUGUUGAUUAGCUAGUAGCAGUGUCAACAUAGUUACUUUAAAAAAAUUUCCAAUUACACAAGUUAAGAUGAACUAGUGAUUUUGUGAUAAAAUGAACCUGAUAACAUUUGUUAUUAUUCCAUAUAGAUAGAUCUAAUAAUCGAUUCAAUUCUUUGAACAAACUUUGUUUCCCGUUAACACUACUAAUUAUCUAGACUUGCUAACAUUCAUUUCCAUUAACUGAUUGAUGUAAGAUAUAAUAUAUUCCUAUAUUGUUAUAAAGUCUCACUGUUUCUGGACUGAUUGAAUGUCAAUAUGUUGUAGCAAGUGUCAUUAUAGAUAACUUGAUCACUUUAUACUUCAUGAAAUUAGGUCCGUAGAGAUCGUUUCCUGAGAGGAGUGUGGACAUAAAAGGGAAAUGGAUUCCAAACUGAGAUGAAACAUGUGUUCUUUAGUUUCCAAUCUACCUUCAGUUAGUAUCAUUUUGUGACGGAAUUUAAGAUUAUUUUACAUCCAAAUAAGUGUAAGUGUUUGGAAUAAUUGUAAUUUUAUGGUAGAUAAACUUAUUUGAUUCAGCAAUGAAAACAUUGACUUAAAUGAUGAUUUUUAUGUUAUUUAUCCAUUUAUUAUUAUGAACAUCAAAUCAGACUUCCCCACCAAGAAGAAGUAAAUCAACUACAGUGCCAAAUUUAACAUUACAUCGUGCUCAUACUAUAUCUGAUUAUCGACUUCCACGUAAUAAUUUAUACAGAACAAAAUCAAUGAAUGUACCAACGGCUAAUUUUGCACCAAUUGCUUCCAUGGAAUCACGUUCAGUAGAACUACGUUGAUUAGUACUUUACAUAGAACAACAAAGACAAAUGGAAUACAUAUGAUCUCUGAAUAUUAUUUGUUAGUUCUGAUUGUCGUCAAAAACGUUUCACUCGCACACAAAUUUAGGCUUGCUGAACAAAUAGCCAAAAAGACAAGUGAAGAUGGAAAAUAUCGCAAAUGUUAAGUAAUAUAUUUAUCUUGAUCUAUGUUGUCUUACACUACUCAUAUAAUUAGUACCGCUGUGAUAUUUUUACAAAAUCUUAGUGAUAAUAAUGAUGUAUCACUAUCGCUUGUUGAUUAAUUUAACACUUAUCUACUUCUUUAUUCUUUUGUACAUAAGCAAUAUUAACAUAUAUAUAUAUAUACUACUGAUAGCAAUGAGCAUAAAUCACGACAAAUUAUUGACGACUUAUUUAAAUAUGCAACAUUCUAAUUCGAUCUUUGUGAAUAUUACAAAACAUCACAAUGAGCAAUAGAAUUCAAAUACUCCCUCUCUUUCUUUGUUUUCCGAUAAAAAGAGUCCAUUGUAUUUCCUUUACAUAGAAACAUCACUCGAAGUUUUUCUUAGUAGUUUUUUAAUAAUUUUUUUCUCAUUUAGACAAAUGAAUUGGCUUAUUCUAUUUUUAUUUGGAAUAAACAUGUAAUGAUUGAAAUUCACAUUAAUAUCCCCAUAUUUAGAUUAAUUAACCGCACAUGGCUGUUUCUUGUUGCUUUUUUCCUCUUUAAUUAAUAGAAAGUAACUUAAAUACAAUAUAACCAAUAAAUGUUGAAUGUGGAGAA